GUCGACCCCUCGCUUAAAAAGACGAAGGCGACGGCGCCGUCCAAACACUCCGCGAAGGGACCCCCUCGAAUCACCCGCAGACAUGGUGGCCAUGUUGAGGCGACUCAAGUCGUUCCAAAUCGUUUUCGACGACUCGAAGAGUUUUUACUGCGGCGGCGACAGGCUGUCGGGCCAAGUGCAGGUGGAAGUGAACGAAGUGACGCGCGUGUCGGCGCUCAGGAUUCUGGCCUUGGGAAGCGCCAAAGUGGAAUACGCCAAAGGCAAGCAGCGCUGCCGACAGGAGGCCGAGUACCUCCGACACGAGGCCGUUUUGCGCCUUCGGGAUCAACCGACAGACACCGAUGGCUCGGUUCUCUUGAGGCCAAACAACAAAUACGACUACUGCUUUGAAUUCGACCUCCCUCAACACGGGAAGCUGGUGUCUUCUUACAAAGGCAAGUUUGGCUACGUUCACUAUUACGUGAAGGCCAAGUUGGAGAGAACGCAGCAGCCCACCCUGGAGUGCAAGAAACACUUUGAGGUCGAGGAACCUCUCGACGUCAACACGCCAGACCUGCUGUGUCCGACAGGUGGUACGAGGGAGAAAAAAGUCACCUGCAUGUUCAUCCCGGACGGCCAAGUGUCGCUCAACGCCAAAAUCGAUCGUCGCGGCUUCUGCGAGGGCGAGGACAUCUGCAUCAACGCCAAGUUCGAGAACACGUGCUCGCGCAUCGUGGUUCCCAAGGCCGCCAUCAUCGCCAAGCACACCUACCAGGCCAACGGCCGCACCAAAAUCUUCCGCCAGAAGUUGUCGUCAGUGCGGGGCAACCACAUCAUCUCGGGCAUGUGCGACGCCUGGCAGGGCAAAAGCAUCCGGGUGCCCAAGAUCAAGCCGUCCAAGCUGGACUGUGACCUCAUUCGCAUGGAGUAUGCCUUGAUGAUUUACAUCCACAUUCCCGGGAGCGAGAAGCUGAUCCUGGAGCUGCCUUUGGUGAUCGGCACCGCCGGGCUGGGCAGCCGCAGCAGCAGCGUGAGCAGCCAGGAUGGGUCGCUCAGCUGGUUGUCGCUGGGCGUGCCCGAGCUGCCCAGCUACCGCGACGUCACCCGCGACCUCCACAUGGAGCAGCCGCUGACGCCGCUCCUGGACGACUUUGACGGCGACGACAGCCCCAUCUUCAUGAACCCGCCGUCCUUCUGUUUCCCCCCGCCUCCGGUCUACACGGAGACCGACGAGGAGUUCAACAUCAACGCCCACAUGCUGCCGGUCUGCUGAAAGCGCUUCCUUCUGCAUUUUCUACAAAAUGGCGGCGCAGCUUUCGGGCCGGCGCUAACCGGAACCGACGUUUCCCCUGCCGUCGGGAGGCCGCGGUGGCGAGCCGCGCCCGAGCCGAACCUUCCCUGCCGCGCCGAAAGCUGGCCAGCGCGCGCGCGGCGUUCCGCAUGUCCCGGAUAAGCCGCCCCCCACCCAACUGUCUUCCCGUCGACGGGUCACUUUGUCGCUUCAUGCUGGUGGCAGCGCCGACCGCCUGCUGUUGUUGGACUCUGCGGAGCCCCGCUUUGUCACUCCAGGGUCAGCAAAAGACAAUCCCUGGCCUUGCCUGUUACUCGAAGCCUUCGUCGGGCGUCUUGGACAGGAUUGCACUCGCCGCCGUCAAUGAAUCCCGCCGGGGUGUCGAUGAAAGCUCAGCUUGGCGUCUUCUUGAACGUAGUUGACCACUUUUUGCUCAAAGGGAUGUGUUGCAUUUUUUGGAGAUGCGUUUUGCUGUACUACUGCCUGGAAGCGCUUUUGUGAUUUGAAGAUGUGCGCGCACGUUUCUGAAUCGACCCGUCAGUGCGAAACAGGAUUUGGAAAGGUCACCUGUUUUUGAUCCGCGUGCCCUAUUUUCCACCAAACGUUUUGCUCACUUGAUGUUGGGAUGAUGGAGAGGAAGAAAAA